GACAAGCGUCAAAACUGUGUACAAACUGCCAAGGCUUUGGCUGUUCUCUUCUUCCUCUGAUCAUAACCAGCUCUCUCUCUCUCUCUCUCUCUCUCUCUCUCUCUGUAGGGCUCCUCUAACUGCCAAGGCUUCUGCAAUUCAACGCUGUUGCUCCUCAAGAAGCACUUGAUCUUCUUUCCUAAUCUUCGAUUGAAGUUUCUCUAUGGCGAUGAAGACUCGCAGAUCUUCCGUUGGAUUACAACAGGAACCCAUUUCGGUUCGUAACUUCAAUACUAGAUUUUCUUUACAAACUUUUGUCAGAAGGGUAGAAAAAUUGUCUGACAACCAGAAAACUGCCAUAAAGGGGAUGGGGUUCGGACACUUGAUUCAGAUGCCAUAUCAAUCAUUGUCGAGAAAUCUUCUAGCUGAACUGAUGGACAGAUGGGAUUGUCAAAAACGUGCUUUUGUAUUUGUUCCUGGGGAGAUUGCCAUGACCCUUAUGGAUGUGGUACUAAUUCUUGGUCUACGGGUGACUGGUAAACCUGUAGUCCUCAAAGAAAGUGAACCGUAUAUACAAUUAGAAAGAGAAUACGGUGCUUUAAUUUGGAAUAGGAAGAUUCCAAUUGCUUCAAUUGAGGAGAGACUAGACUCCCUUGGCGAAGCUGUAAACAAUGAUUUUAUUCGGUCAUUCUUAUUGUUCACCUUUGGGACAAUACUUUUUCCAAACGCAAAUGGAAAGGUGGAUUCCCGCUAUCUCUCUCUUCUCCAGGAUUUGGAUGAGGUUUGUCAUUGUGCAUGGGGUGCUGCUGUUCUUGAAAAUAUAGUCGACUGGUUGUGUAAAAGAAGGGAGACAAAUGUGCAACAUAUGGGAGGUUGUCUUAUUUUCCUUCAAAUAUGGUCCUAUGAGCAUAUAGAUAUUGGUCGGCCUACUUUGCUCGAUUUUCCUAUGACUUUCCCCCGUGCUUGCCGUUGGGGAAGUAUCAGGUCUCGUCAGAGACAGUGGUUCACCUCUAAGUUUAAGGAACUAGGAAAGGAUCAGAUAGUGUGGAAGCUUCUACUAACUUCUGAGGAGUCAAAAAUGGAUACAAUCAAAGAGUUAUUAGAGGCACAAAGCGAUGGCGAAGAGCUUGCUGCUCAGAGAUUUAAUGUUUCAAUUGACAAGGUGAAUAAUGGGAGAACCAGACUACAAAUUAUGGGCCAAUGGAUUGCUGAAAUGGAAUGUGAAUCAGAAACGAAUAUAGCAAAAGAACUCCAUGGAGUUGAGGAAGAUUCUUCCAAAAUAACGAGUCCAAGUAAAAACGAGGAUAUUUUAGAAACGUCUCAUAAUGAGUCAAAGGUGCAAGGAGUGCGCAUGGAGCACCCGUGGACAAUUUCAGACUCUUCCUCACCUAUUAUCAUUAGUGAUGAGGACGAUGAGGAUUACUUGAGAGCAAGAGAGCAGAAUAUGAAAUUGAAGAGAGAGAUUGAUGUGCUGAGGAAAGAGAAUCAAGUUCUUAAAAAUCAGCUGUUGUCAUGUUCCACGCUUGAAACGGAGAACGACAAGUUGAGAAAGGAAGUGGGGGAUUUGAGACGGGAAUACCAACUUGCUAAUAGUCUUGUGUCUCGACUAGAAAGACUAGUACUUGGUGAAGAUGGCAAUGCAACAAAAGAACAGAGUUCACCAUACAAUGGAAAUGGGGAAACAUGCAACUGGAAAUAGCACCCCCAAAUAUUUAAUAUUAACUAUAUCUGAAAAGAACAAGAUGCUUUAAACGUCGACAAUGCUUCUACAAUCUGUUCAUCCUUUUCUCUCUUUGCAGAACAUUCUGCACUAACUCAUGAUCUUCCUGGUUAGCAUGUACGUUGGCAACGUCGGUUUUUGCUUCGUCUUCAUACUUUACAGGGGUAUACUAGUACCAUUGAAAACGAUUUGGUUGCUCAACCAGUCUGCGGUGUCCGAUUUGGGAGAAAAAUUUAUGAUUUUGCGUGUAAAUACAUUGAAUAGUGGAUAUUACAAGGAGCAAGGAUGCAUAAGUGGACACAAACCUGAAGGCAAGAAUUGCAAUCAGCAAAUCUUAGGGUCCUAAUUGUGGAUGCGGGAAAAAGUUUAUCAUUGCACUGCCGCAAAGAGCAAAAUUACUGGGAAGGGCGUUCUUGUUCCAUUCUUUUGGACCAGAAUCAAAGGAAAGCAAUUUACCUUCGGUGGAACUGCUUUGUUCACCAGAUAGUUAUGUCCAGCCCCGCCUUUUAGAGUCAGGGUGGCAAGACUUUUCACAAUAGUUCAUCUUUUUUAACCACAUGUGCUGCUCUGACUGCUACGAUAUUUCAGACUUUGGAACUGCCCCUUAGACCAUGGCUUCAUUGCUCAUAGGAAAAGUUUUUUGGUAGUUUUCUUUUGGCUCAGCUAGAAGGAAUCUAUUGAUCAGGAAAUCGACAGUACGUGAGAUGGGACUAGCAACCUCGACUAUUGUAAAUUUGUAAGGCUCUUCCAUGAUUGUAUCCAUUGAAAGAUGAUCUUCACAAAGUCGAGAUUUUGCUCUUUCUUUUGACAAGGUGGCGGAUUAUUAUUAGCAAAGGCAAGACUUUGGAUGCUGCAUAUUACUGCGGUUUUAACUUCGCCGGUUUGCUGUUUCUAUGAUAAUGACAACAUUUGGACUUGUAUCCCAUUAAUGGCAUCAGUUGGUUCUCAUGUAUGGUACUGGUAGUCUUUUAUAUAUCAUCAGGGGUAUAGUGAUCUUUCGGCCAGUGGUCCAUUCUGUUUCUCCACUUGCUCUGGAGAUGAUUACUUCUCAAGAAAGACACUCUUCAAAAGAAUUUGCAUCUUUUCCCCUCAGGUAAAUAUUUUGGUUUUUUUUUUUGGCUCAGCAAGAAGAAAUCUAUUGAUCAAGAAAUGUAGAGUACAGGAGAUGGUCCAACAACCUCUCAUAUUAUCUCUCUUUCAAGAUUUGGUAUCCAAUGGUGAUCAUUACUGGCAAGUUGGUGAAUCAUUGUUAGUAGAGGCAAGAUUUCUGAUGCCACAUUUUACUGCAGUUUUAACUUCCCUGCUUUCUUGUUUCUAUGAUGUGGACAUGGGCUUGGACUUGUAUCCCAUGGAUGGAAUCACUAGGUUAUCAUUCUAGAUAUAAUCAGAUGUUGUAGUUAUCUUUCAGCCGGUGUGUUCUGUUCUCCACUUAUUCACAUCUUUUCCCAUCAGGUACCUUGUUCUUCCAUUUGUUUUUCUACGCGAUAAGCUUCUCGAUCUACGGAUAGCUGAUUUUUGUUCUAUUAUUUGAGCUUGAAUCUAUACAGGCGAAUGAGUUGUAUCUGUUUUUGAUAGUUUUCUGCUUUUCCUGCGUGCAAUUUUCGGCGUUUAGAUCUCGUUUUGGCCUGUUCGCACAUUUCCUUAUUCUCAAUCUCUUCUGCAUUCAAAGUCUCGUUUAGAUAUUUUUUUCUCGUAGGUGGCCUGGGGUAAUAUU